GGGGGGGGGGGGGGGCCGGGUGUUGUCACACGUGUCAGUCACAUUUCACAUGUUUUUUUGCAUGACUUUGCCGGUGGACCUGAUCUGCCUCGGCGACCCCAGGCCGUGGAAGGACAGGCUGCACAGACCCCCCUGCACACGGAACUGCACCACAGACAGGAACCUCAGUUGCAAUGGCGAGUGUCGGUGGUUCUGCACGUCGGCACCCGUACCUGUGAGGUCUGUCCCCUUUUGAAUGUCACAAACCCGUCGAGUCUCAGUGCCCCCUGCCCGAAGUCCUGCACAGGCGGCCCUCUCGGCGCGCCUAUCGAACGACCCAACUCAAUCUUACGCAACGGGCCACGCACCCUGCACACACACCACACCACACACACUCACACGACUCUCCGCCCGUCACGUCCCUCUCCCUCACCCGGUAUAGCUAUCAUACCUCAGUGCCAGUUCGGUGCUGCCCCUUCUGUCAAAGCUGCCAACGCUGCCCGAUGAGGCCGAUGAGCCUGGGGGAGGGGAGGGGAAGUUGGCACCCACCCCUACAGCAGCCGCUCCUGCUGCAGCUGGGGGUGCCACUGGCGCGUCGGUCGGCGCGUGCAGUGGCGAUGCGGGUGUGUUGGUGUUGGUGUUGUUGUUGUUGGCUGCCGCGGCGAGGUGUGUGGUGGAGAGCGGCUGUAGGAAGAGCCUGUAGCCGGGCAUGGUGUAGGCCACGAGAUAGUGCGCGUUGAACUUGUCGAACGCCCAGUGGCUGUGCUGGUCGGCCACCACCACACGGCACUCCUGAAACAAACAAAACACGUGUGUGUGUGUGUGUGUGUGCGUGUGACCCCGACGCACCUUCAUUUCCAGCUCUCUGUUGGCGAAGUCGUCUUGAAGCGUCGCGUUCUGGUAGAAUGCCCAAGCGUCCUUCUGUCAGCCAACCCAGCACACAAAUGCGUCCACACGUGUGCCAACGGCCUGUCUGUCUGUCUGUCUGUCUCACGGACUGACUGAGUCACCGGUGGCUUGGCCUUGAGGUUCCCCGGCUUGAAGAGCCCGUCUCGGUUGUUGAUGAUCAUCUCCUGUAUGCUGACGUUGAAGUGCGCCUUCCCCUUGUGGUGCGCAAACACAAUCGUCGCUAUGCGCGGCUCAAGCGGACGCACCUCACCGUCACCGCUCACACGCACCACCAAGGUCUCCAGGUCAACGAGCUCCUCGUCUGUCACGCCGUUUGCGUCGUGUCGAUAUUCCUCCUCCCACAGGGCCGCGUCGUCUUGCUGCUGCUGCUGCUGCUGCUGGUCGUCGAAGACUGCUGCUGCGGCGGUGUCCUCGGCGUCGCUGUCGAAGUCGUCGGCGUAGCGGCAGGCAAUCGACAGGGGGACCUUCUCCUGAACGAAAGAAUCGAAAGCGCGGGUGACGAGUGUGAGCUUGUGUGUGUCUGUCUAUAUGGUACCUUUCUCCUCUCAAUGGAGAUUGAAAAGGCGAAGUUGUCUAGGGGUGUGGAGGCCCCCGGCACCACCUGCAGCUCAACCUGACAAGACACUCAGACACACGACAGCCAUUGCUCCGGUCUGUCUCUCCCCUCUCCCGGGCACUUACCUCAUCGGGUCUGUUUGCGUCGCGCCUGACGAGCAUGACGUCGCCGUCCUCGAGGUCGCUGUCAAACGAUACACGGCAGUACGGACGCCGAGAGGCACCACCAUCUGACGUACGUGACACACACCGACAGACAGAUAGGUGGGUCGAUGGGGGCAUGGGUAGGUGACCGCACUCGACUGACCUCCGCCAACGUUAGUGUCGCUCAGGCUGGACGAGAGGUGGUGUGCGUCGGGGCCGGCAAGGAAGCGAGCGCACGGGGAGAACUUGCGGAACAGAUCCGUCAGCGAGUUCACCUGACACACAAACGGAGGGAGGCCCAACAAACAACCAAACAAACACAUACAUACACCACACGGAACCACACAGAGAGAAUCCCUCUCUCUCUCUCUCUCUCUCGGCUGCCUGCCUGCCCACCUCUGCAUCCUCGAUGGGCAGCUCCACACCCUUCCUCGCGCCAGCCCCCAUCCCAUCAAGCGCCCCCACACCAGCCAGUGCACCCACUACCCGCUGCACCGGCGGCUUGCCGCCGCCGCCACCGCCGCCCGUUCCCCUCCACCCAGUCCGCUUGAACGAGUCCAGGAUCAAGUUGGCCUUGGCCACGGCAUCCUCACACGGGAUGCAGUUUGGCGGCAUCUGUGCCAUCGGCUGCUGGAGGGGCUGGGGCGGUGGGGGUGGGGCGAAGGAUGGAUGCGAAGCGCCCAGUGUGCGCAUGGCAAACUGCGUGAGACCUGGGUACGACGACGUGGCUGCCGAUGGUGAUGGUGGUGGUGGUGGUGCUGGUGGUGGUUGCCUGCUCUCGGGCGGCUCUUGCCGCUGUUGUGACGGAACCCGUCGCUCCUCACUCAUCCUGGGAGGGGUCUCCGUCUUGAGCGGCCCGAUCAUGCGGUCGACAAGGGACUCGUUCAUCUCGUCGGUGGUGGCCCGGUCGACAUCCACCGACUGCUCACGCAUGUAGUCGUCCGCCGUCACGGUGCCGUUGGUCUGCGCAUAGGGGAUCGGCAGAGGUGGCGGAUGAUGUACUUGAGAGAAGGGCUGCGGCGCCAUGGCAGGGGGAGGAGGCCCACCGAAUGAGAUGGGAGGGCCAUUGGGCGGUGACGGCAGCCUGCCGCGGGGGUGGGCCUGAGGGUGUGGCUGCACCUGCAUCUGCAUCUGCAUCGGCCAGUGGUCGUUGGUUGCAGGUGGGCCUGGUGGCCUGGCCGGCUGGCCAUGGUUGUACUGGGGUGGCGGGAGGGGGUACGGGGGAGCCACGAAGUGGUUGGGGGGCUGGGGGAAGGGGGACGGCUGAAGAAAGGAAGACAACAAACAAGAGAAAAGAGGCAGAUGCAUCCAAAUGCAGCGGGUGUCAUGUCAUGACCAGGUGCUCAGCCGCCUCGCCUCACCUGUCCGAACAUGGCUCUGGGGUUCGGGGGGUGCCGCGCAAGACCCAUCUGCUGCAGCUCUGCAGUAGGCAAGGCAGCAACGAUGGGCAGAACACGCACAUGAGAGAACGCACCCCAGGCCAGCAGCGCCUGUUGUGUCUGUGCCCCCCCGGGUCUUACGGUGUUCUGCGGCCUCGACGUACAUCUCCUCGCGCUCAAUGCGAUCUGUCAUGACAGACACCAGAGUGACAGCGUGUUGUCUGCCUGCCUGCCUGCCCGAGUGCCGUGAUCCACGCGCCACUCACCUGUUUCGUGGCGGUUCUUUCGCACGCUCACGUGGAGGUCGGGAUGGUGCUUCUGAAUGUGGUCGCUGUAGUUGCUGACAGAACCAACAGCCACACACACACACACACGCACACACACACAGAGAGAGAGAACGAGUGAAUGAGUGGAUCUCCCUCCUUUGUCCGUCUGCCUCCCUCAAUGAUUCACACCUCCGCACUACAGACCUGUAUGAGAUGGCCUUUGGUGGGCUGCAGUGUGUGCAGACCUGCCACCACUCGCCCGAGGCCUUUUUGGAGUCGACGAGGCACUUGGGGUGCAUGCGGCACUGGCUGUGUGGGUGCAUCUGGCCGGUCGCCUCGUCCAGGGCGAACAGCACACAACCCUCAUCCCCCGUCUGGCACAGCAAACACUGACGCGGGUCAUGCACCCUAAACACACACACACAACAAACACACACACAUACACACACGCACGCACAGCAGCACAUUCAACUCAGAGUCUGAGUCACUUCGCCUGUCCUCUCUCCUAUGUGCGGGCGGACCUGAGCAGUUUUCUGUUGUCGAAGGUUUUGCCGACAGCCUCCUCGGCCUUCAUGUAGAGCCCAUCUUGCAGCUUGCCCCACCAGACGCCGUCAUAGAGCGUCGGCGGCUUCUGCUUGGGCUUCCGUGGGUGCGACAUUCGGUCGGCCGGGCGCAGGUCAGACGGCGAUGGAUGGUGGGAUGCACCAGACGGCCUCUCGCUUUUUUUGUGGGAGGAAUUUCCC